AUCUUGGCCACCAUUGUGACGAAGUCCAGUCAUGGUGAAGUACAGUCGACUGGGUGUAUUUAUCUUGAUCCUCAUUCAGAUAUCUGGAUGUCUCCUCCAGGAUUUGGGAGACGAUGAUUUUGGGAGUCUGGAGGAUGGUGGAGGUGAUGAUUUAGUGGAAAAACCUCUUGGUAAAUGCCCGCCCGUCCCAUCUCCACCCCAUGCAGUCUUGGUCUCCACUCCCAAGGACACUAGCAUCAGUUCAACGGUGAAGAUGAAGUGCGGACGAGGUUAUAGGAAGAUCGGAGGCAGCACUACCAGGGCAUGUCAACCAACACUGAAAUGGGGCGGCAAGGACAUCAUUUGCAAAGCUCUUGAAUGUAAAAACCUGGUGAUCAAGAAUGCGGUUGCGAACACGACAGCCCGGACAUUCGGAACCGUGGUCGGAUUCUCCUGUCGUAAUGGUACAUCUAGACCGUCAGCUGAGGGGGACGCCGCCAGGAGGUGCCGGGCGAACCAGCUGUGGAGUGGCAACGACAUCACCUGUCUUCCACCGAAAUGCCCAAAGCUCGAGCUUCCUCAGUCGACAAUUGCGAGCACGAAAAAGAGAUCUGUAGGAGUGGUAGUGAAACUGAGUUGUGCCCGCGGGAUGGUCAACGUCACUGGAGACCAGCAGGUCACCUGCGGUGAAGACCAGAAAUGGAAGGGGAAGACGUUGAAAUGCCAAACGCCACAAUGUAAGCCAUUGAAAGUAGUUUCACAUGGCACGAAAGAUAAAGAAAACAGAAACGCGGGUGCUGUGGUCAAGUUAACAUGCAAGAAAGGUUACAAGGGGAGUGGCAAUGAUAUCACCUUGUGUGACAAAAAGACGUUGAACUGGACCAAAUCCAACUUCAAAUGUAUCAGGAGUGAGAAAUCGAAAAAGAAAUCUAGAAAACACAAGACUGGAAAACACAAGACUAGAAAAGGAAGGAAAGGAAGGAAAGGAAAAGAAAAAAAACCCCGUUGCACUUCAAUCCAUCCAUACUAUGCUGGUUUGAGGGGUGCUACCCUUGAGUACAAACGAGUUAAAGGUCAAACUGUUGCCACCAUGAAAUGUUACCCCAGCUAUUUUAAAUCAAGCGGACAGGAGAAGCGUGUCUGCCGAAAACAGGGGGAUACUAUGGUAUGGUCGUCGGGCCCACCUUUGACAUGUAAAGCAGGAGGCGAUGUAGCUAAAGGAAAGCCAAUGUAUCAGAGUUCCAAUACAGGACCUCUUGCAAAGUAUAAUGGUUGUUUCAUCACGACAGGGAAGGAUGCGCCUUGGUGGUACGUCGAUUUGAAGGUCGAAUAUCCAAUUGCACGUAUCACGCUAUACAAAUAUUCCCAUGGUAAAAUCAACAGAAAAUUGGCAAGAUCUUUGAAGGACUUCACAAUAUCCGUCACCAAUACGAUACCAGGGAAAGGUACUUACAAGGCGAACAAGAAGGAGGUCUGUCUCCACGUCAGGAAGUCCAACAGAAGGUCAAUGGUCUCGUACAAAUGCAAAUCUGUUAAGGUCGGGCGCUACUUGGUCAUCUCCAUGGAAAAAAAGUUCAAACUUGGAAUCUGUACGAUCAGGGUGUGGCCAAAAAGAAGCAUCGCCACAUUAAAGCAUGCGUCACAGAGUAGCACGUUCGGAAAUUACAGCGCCAGGCUUGCUAUUGAUGGGAACCUCGCAUCCGACCCAGAAUCAAAUUCCUGUAGUUUGACUUCGUACCAAAAUAAUCCCUGGUGGGUUGUGGAUCUAAAGGGCCGUAAGAUUGUUUCCAGAGUUAUCCUUUACCACAAGUCAGAUCGUACAGUCACGGAGCAACUUGCUAACUUCAGUUUGUCGGUGACCGGCAGGAAGCCCUCUGGCGAGGCGUACAUGCCUGCCGAGAAAGAGGUCUGCUACACCCAGAAAGAAGUGGUGGUACUAGGCUCUGUGACCAGCAUCCGAUGCAAGUCCCCCAAGAAAGGAAGGUUCAUUGUAGUAUCACGAGCUGGCGUUGGUGUCAUGUCGUUAUGUGAAGUUCUGGUCUAUUAGACAGGGUUGGUUCCUCAAACUUUUGACACCAAAGGAGGAAUCUGAUGACAGUUGAUAAAACGUCUUUAGUACACGUGUGUCUGACCGCAAUAGUUUUGAACUGUUCCUAAUUCAUGAUGGUGAAGAGGCCUCAUGCCUAGUGCUAUUCUGGAAUGCCUGUACCCUACCGCACUCCACGCCUCAUGCCGUUGGACAACAUUCUAUAACCGAUUCAGGUCGUCCCAGCCUAAGAAUUGGCAGACUAGACAAGGUUAUAAAUUCGAUAACACACCCCAUUAUGUACACAGGAAGGUUGUAUCCCAUCCUUGUAUUACCAGUGGUUUUCAAUAUACUCCGCCUCUCGAUAUUUUGUAAUGACGAAAGAGUGAAAAAACCUGAAUCUCAGGAUGGUUAAUUGUAUCCCAGCCGAGCCUUUAACUAUAUAAUCAGUAGGAGAAGUCAUCUGAGCACACAUGUUCCAUGCCUCGAGGCACUUUCAGUUUCUAACAUGAUGAGACGAGAUGAAUAUACAAAUAACACAUAAUUCUGUAAUGAAAAGUAAAUAAGUAACACAAGACUUUGAGGACUGGCCAGACUGUUGGUAUUUCAUUCAAUUAGGGUUGAAAUUUGAAGACAUAAAAGUACAACAUUUUA